AUGUCAGAGUUUUAUCCUCUUCACGAAAAACUAUUAUACGAAUGGAAAUUAAAACUUUCAAAAACAGAAAAUUUGUUUCCAUGUCCAACACUAAAUGGGCUUUUCAAAGAUGAAGCUGAAAUUUUUGAUAAUUUUAUGCAAAAUCUGCUGGAAGUCCAAGAUCAGGAUGAAUUGGUUAAAUCUUCACAAGAAGUUGAGUGCGAAAUAGAUCACGAUGAAUCGGCCAAAUCUUCUUCACAAGAGGUCGAAUGCGAAAUAGAUCCAUAUCUAAUUCAAAGUUUAAGAGCAAAAUUAACGAUUGGAAAAGCGGAUGAGAUCUUAUCUGAUUUUAACAUAUUAAUGAGAUUGCCACAUGCACAACUCAAUAAAAUUUUUAAAGACUUGGAUAUUUCACAACUCGAUGAUGUCGUCCUGGCUAUUUUAUCCAAUGAGCUUGUUAAAUAUGAAGAUAUUGCAUACCAAAAUUACGUUGUGUUUUUUAAAUAUGGAUUGUUAGAAAAGGUGCAACACAUAAAAUCAAAGCCUUCACGAAAUUUCCUGGCAAAUAUUUCAAAUAUUGCAAAGGCAAAAAGUAAACCGAUGGUUUAUGGAUUAUUAUUGCCUUUGAUUACGGAAUUUGAUAUGUCACAACCUCAAUUAGAAGUAAUUGCUCGAAUAAUCGACAGCGGAUUAAGUGAAGAAUCUAUUAUUGCAUUAUUGAAUGAAUUAUUUUCAGAUUCUUAUCCUUCGACCUCUCAAAUUAUUAAUUCCACUUCGAAAGAUUCUUUUAGCCUCCAAAUAAAAUGGUCAUCCUCAACAAUUGAUGUCCUAUUUUUGAUAUUUAACCAAAAAUUCGACCUAAAAGAAGCUGCCUCACAACAUAUCAUUCCAAAAUUCUUACGGCACCUAGAUUUUAACAUUGAGUUGUUGCCAAACGAUAAAAAAUUGGGGCAGCUAUUAAUGUUACUCGUUACGAAGCACUCCAAAGAUUUUAUGGAAAAUCUGGAAGAAAUAAAAGUUAUUGCUGAAAAAACGGUAAGCAUGCUUUUCUUCAUUCCCCAAUAUUUUCCGAUUGAUUCCAUCGUAGUCAUCAAAAAUGUGCCUAGUCCUUUGUUCCUUGCUUCUUCUGUUAGCUGA